CAUUUGCUCCCGCCUUAUUCCGUCAUUGUGUGCAGUGGAGAGUAAGACUGUUUUGUUUAUUUGCUCUUUUUUUGCGUUGUAUAAUUUAUUUUUGUAAGGAGAUUCUAGUCUUUAUUUAGCGUCAUAGCGUCAAACGCGUUUUCUGCUUUAGCUAACAUCUCACGCCUUUUUCCCCCCAGUUUCUCUCUGUUACAUUCCUCGUGUAUAUACGAUGAUAAUUAUGUUGGUAGGGACAUCUGAGAAAAUCUGAUGAAUGCCAACAUUUCUGACAUUGUGUAUAAAAGUUUCUAAUGGAUGAAGUCCCACGUCGUGGUCAUGCAGUACAUCUUAACUUUUUUUGUCCUCCGUCUGUUGUGCAGGAGGAACUGGAUCCAGCAGGCAUUCCUCAUCCAGAUAUGGUGCUGGAAAAUUUGUACGCUCUACUUGUCCACAGAAUGACUUGGCUUUCUGCUGGGAUGUUGGCUUGUUAAAAUGAACAUGGUUCCUAUGGCAAGUUUGUGAUGUGGCCAAGUGAAGCACGCACGGCAUCUUCAUGGUAGAUGGAGGAGACCUUGUCUAUGGUUGGCUUGACCACAGGUGGCUGUUUUGAAUGGAGUAUACUCAUUGACAGGUGAAGAUGUCUGCAUCCUGUAUCAAGACGCACGAGGCUCAACAGAUUGACAUGCAGUUUGAUGGCUAACUUUCAAAUGUGAUGCUGAGCCCUAGCUGAACCGUGAUCUGAACAAGACCUGGACGUUCUGGUGUUUUCCACUCCCAGUUAAAUAGAUGUUUAAUUUGAUUGUAUUUGAACCAUUAUCCGGUGUUCAAAAAAUAUUAGUGUUUAUUUUUUUUAUUUAAUUUUUUUAUUAUAACUUUUGCUUAAAUCUUUUAACCUCAUUUCUGAUUUAAACUACAGUUUUUUGUUGUUUUUUUAUUGUCAAUUUAGUGGCGUCACAGAUAUGUGGGGCGCACAGAAAAUGACUUUAAUAUAAAAAUUGAUUGUGGAUUGGAUUUUUGACCAUUUAUCACAGUCUUGGAUAUGUCAAAGAUUAGUGUGUGCACAUGUGAGGAAGAGAGGGUGACCUUCGCUCACUGUGACCCCUGAUGUGUCUGAGAAAAUCAGAAUUUGCACCUCAGCUCUCAGAACUACAGAGUCUACAUAGCGUCUACAUAGUAAGUGGAUUUACACCCUUGCAUGUCAUCCUGCUGGUCAUUUGAAAAUGAAAAGAGCAAGCAAAAAGAGGAGAACCAUCACUUCUGAAGAGGUUUUGGAGGAAGAUAUGCAGCCUGACUCCAGCGUGCUGCAGGAGUCCUUUUCAGACAGCGCUGACUCGAGAGACUCGGAUCCAGAUUUUGUAGCAGCCUCCUCGUCCUCAACUUCAACGACUGAAAGUGAGGGGGAUUCUGAGGAUCCUGGGGAUUCUGGAUCUGGUUGGAUUGGGAAAAAUGGCCAGGUGUGGUUUCCAAAUAAUGAAGAGACACUUCGUUUUGUAAAGCAUGCUCGAGGUGUGACUUCAGGGCCAACGCGCUAUGCAAUUGCGAGGGUCCAGGAUGUGGACUCUGCAUUUGACCUUUUUUUUACGGUAGAGAUGAUUGAUUUAAUAGUCAACAUGACCAACCUCAAUGGACAGCGCACCAACAAAACAUGGACCGAUGUGGACUCCACGGAUGUCAAAGCCUACAUGGGCCUAAUCAUUUUGGCUGGGGUCUACAGAUCCAGAGGGGAGUCCACAGGCUCCCUGUGGGACGAUCGAAGUGGCCGGGCAGUUUUUAAAGCCACUAUGUCCCUCAGCAGGUUUCAUGAGAUAAGCAGAGCGCUUAGUUUUAAUGACAAGCUGAAGAAAGCAGCCCGCCAAAGAGACGACAAGCUUGCCCCAAUCAGAACCUUGUGGGAGAUGUGGGCUCCUCGACUUCAAAUGCUUUAUAAUCCUGGCAGAGAUGUGACCGUGGAUGAACAGCUUGUGGCCUUUAAAGGACGAUGCCGAUUUCGGCAAUAUAUGCCAAAAAAACCAGCCAAAUAUGGUCUUAAGUUAUGGAUAAUUUGUGAUGCCGUCACAUCCUAUGCUUGGCGGUGUUCACCUUAUCUGGGAAAGACCGAGAAUGCUCCAGAGGUGGGACAGGGCAUGCGAGUUGUCAAGGAGCUGACCGAGGGACUCCAGGGUGUCACUGUCACUUGUGACAACUUCUUCACUUCUUAUCCACUUGCACAGGAGCUUCUGAAAAAGAAAAUAUCCUUAGUCGGUACAAUCCGAAAAAAUAAACCUGAGCUGCCACCCAACCUGCUGGAAGUUAGAGGAAAACCUUUCCCCUCCUCCGUCUUCGCUUUUACCAACAACACGACGGCUGUUAAUUACAUUCAAAAACGGGGGAGGAAUGUGAUUCUUUUGAGUACAAGGCACCGUGAGGCAGUAGUGACUGAGGGACCUAAAUGCAAACCUGAAAUCGUCAAUUACUACAACCGCUGCAAGGGAGGUGUCGACAAUCUAGACAAGGUUGUCGGGACCUACAGCUGUAGACGAAAAACCAAUCGGUGGCCACAAACAUUUUUUUUCAACAUGGUGGACCUGUCUGCAUAUAAUGCAUAUGUCAUUUUUACAGCCAUUGAUCCCUCCUGGAACUGCCAAAAGCUCUACAGGAGGAGGCUUUUUUUAGAGGAGCUGGGCCACUCGAUGGUGUCUGCAGCAAUUGUAAAGAGAAAGCACCUUCCCCGUACACCAAUUGCUGCUGCAAUGGUGAGAGAGCUACAGUCUUCUGUAGCUGCUGCCCCUCAGACACCAGCAGGCACCAGCAACGUGGCAAUUCAGAGGGGAACAUGUAAGUGCUGCAAAAAUCGAACAAUCUGCACUUGCAUGGCGUGUGGUAGAUUUAGUUGUAAAAAUCACUAUGUGAUAUGCUGCAAGGACUGCUGGCCUAACUAGACACACAAACAGAAAAUUAUAUUUGUAAAUUAGUUCAUCUUCAUCCAUCUAUUUACACUCUUUUUAGUUUGAAGGUUGUUGCAUUUUGUUGUUGUCAUAAAUUGUUUAUAAAUCUAA